GUAAUGACGAUGUAUUGUAUUACAGCAGUCUUGUUUGAUGGCUGCGCCAUGUUAGUAUUUUUGAAAAAUAAAAAUCUUCGAUCUCCAACCAAUCUAUUUAUCCUGGGUUUAAACGUCUGCGACUUUUUAAUGGCAACGAUUGCGGCACCACUUUCUGGAAUUUCUAGUUUUCACCAUCGAUGGUUGUUUGGAACUAUUGGAUGUACUUAUGAAGGAUUUGCAGUGUAUUUCUUGGGUCAAACAUCAAUGUACCUACUCGCCGCUAUUUCAUUUGACCGUUAUUAUGUCAUAGCUAAACCCUUACAGGCAUCAAAAAUCACUCAUCGAGUGGCCACCAUUGCUGUCUUAGCUUGUUAUGCUGGGGGAUUUUUCUGGGCGUUUGUCCCGCUAGUUGGCUGGAACGAAUAUACUCUGGAGGGAGCAAAGAUUUCGUGUAGUGUGGUGUGGGAGAGUUCGAAUCCUGUGUAUACCAGCUAUAUCUUCACCAUUUUUAUUACCUGUUUAGUUAUUCCAUUAGCUGUCAUGUUUUUCUCCUAUUUCAAUGUUUAUAUGACGGUAAGAAAACUUAGUAGAAUAGCUCGGCGGAAUUUUAGAAUCGAAAAAAAAAUGUUUAAAACGAUUAUAGCCAUGUGCACAACUUUUGUUGCGGCAUGGAUGCCAUAUACAGUUGUGUCAUUUUACGGUGCGUUUUAUGGCCAAGGGAGUGUUGCCCCAGCAUUAGGAACCAUGCCAGCCCUUUUUGCCAAAUGUGCCGGACUGUUGAACCCGAUCAUUUACGUUGCGACCAAUAAACAAUUUCGAACCGCCUUCUAUCAACUGGUGCCUUGU